CUCCCCGACCUUACCUGACGCAAGACGAGAGUUCCUGCGCAGAGCAAUCCGACGAAGCUACCUACUUUCAACCACACCAGCGACCGACGGCAUAUAGAAAUCUUGCCGUAAACAUAACCUUACCUACCGAUACCCGAACCGACCCCUUUGCGUAUACGGCGUAGCGAGCGACCAUACCCACAAUGUCCAUUCACCGGGAGCUCAACGCCGCCUCGCUCAGCGACGCCUGGCGGACCAUCAACAUUGACGCCCUGCAGGAGGACUCGGCGUGCAACUUUGACACCAACACCCUGCGGCCGCCGCAGCCCGAGAUUGGCGAGGACGAGGUCCGGCAGCUCGCGGGCCAGGUGCGGCAGUUGCUCCGCGGCGGGGACGCUGAGGGGGCGUUGAGGGGAUGUUUGGAGUUUCCUGUGUACAAUGGACCUGAUGGCGCCAAGGAUGCCCACCUCCAGACCAUCACCGAGGUCCUCCAAUCCAUCAAGGCGUCCGAGAUGACGCCCCUCCUCAAGUCCAUCUACGGCGGCGCCGGCGGACCCGAGCUCCUCGACGUGCUGAUGAAGUACAUCUACAAGGGCAUGGCCGGCUCCGCGGCCUCCGGGGGACUGAGGUCGCCGCCGCCGCAGGCUGCGCCGAGCGGGUUCAGCCAGAUGGGCGGUCGCCCGGGAGCCACCAACGAGAACGUCGGUAGUGCGAUGAGCGUGUUGCUUAGCUGGCACGAGAAGGUUGUCGACGUGGCUGGGUUGGGAACUAUUGGCCGUGUCAUGACGGAUUGGAGACGGGUUUAAGGUGCAGGUCAGAUGAGGAAGAAUAAAAGAAAAAAGGGGGUGUAAUGAACUUCAUGACGAGUAUGGGCAUGCUCGGGACUUUUGGGCGUGUCUUUUUUUGACGAAUUCAAACUAGAAAAAGACUGGGCGUGCCGACGAAUGAAAGCCAUAGAAUAUUUUUGUUUUGACUGGUUUACAAGUUUUACAGUUGAUUUCUUACAAAUGUGCCAGGUGCGACAUCAUGUCUAAUUGGACUCUAAGAUGUCCUUGAGGUUCACGUCACCGCUUCCUCUCGGCAGCGCCGUGGGUUGGUCGGCGCCCUCGUGCCACCCGAUCAUGUAAAUGAUUCUAAACGUGGCGGGGAUGCUCCCGUCCUCGUUGCCGUGGAGCUCUCUGUAGAUGCCCUCGUUGGCCAGCAGCACCUCCCUCCUGAUGGCGCCCAUUUCCCUGCCGAGGAUGGCGUUGCCCUCGCCCAUGGCCUGCAGGUCCUGCAUCAGCGCAAAGGUGUCGGGGUAGUCCACGACAAUGUCGUCGACGUCGACCGUCAGCAUUUUGAAGCCGGCGCGCUGCAUCAGGCCGCCCACGUCGCGGACGUCGGCGAGGGGAGACACAUGCGGGGAUAUGCCGCCGCGGCGCUCUUGCUCGGCGAGCUGAAGAGAAGUGCGCAGCUCAAAGAGGCUGUCGCCGCCGAGCAUGGCGCCGAUGAAGGGGGCGUCGGGCUUGAGGACGUUGUUGAUCUGCGUGAGGACGCCGGGGAGGUCAUUGAUCCAGUGUAGGGAUAGGGAGGAGAGGACGAGGUCGAAGGAGGCGGGCUCGAAGGGGACGUGUUCCUCGUCGACGAGGACGGUGCGGGUGAUGGAGAUGUCAUUGUUGAAGGGUAGGUCGGCGUCGCGGUGGAGGAGGGCGUGGGAGGACUCCGCGGCGACGAGCUCGCCUAUGCGGGUGGCGAGGGGUUCCGAGAUUGGUUUGGAGGGGUCCGGGUCUGGGUUCUCGCGGGUGAGGGCGCGGGCUACGUUGCAGGAGUUUGCGCCUAGGUCGAGGACGCGGGGGAAGCUUCGUUUGAUGUCCUGUUGGAGAGUAAUGUAUUAGUGUCUGAUUUCUCUCUAGAGGCAUUGGCCAUUGUGAAUGCUGUCAAGUCGAGGUCUGCCGUGAAGCAAUGUUCUGGGGAAGGGGGUUCAUAAUUGUGGUGGUUGUGGUGGUGGUGAUGCUCUCACCAGUAACCUCUCGCACAGCCGGUUUGCGACUUCAUCCUUGAGGUAGUCUGCUUGCCGGCUGGCCUCGGGAUUCGAUGCUACGCGCUCCUUCUGCAGCCAUUUUGUGCGACGGUUGAAGACCUGAAAGGCAGCAGAGCCGCCGCCGGAUGUUAUAGCAUAGGACCGGCGUGUGGUUGUGGAGGGGGCUCCGGCGAAGAACCGGGAGCUCGGUGCGGCGGCGAGGCACACCACCCGUCUGAUCGUGGAGUUCAUCACCGGCGUCGCAUAUCUGCACCGGAGCGCGGAGACGGACAUGGGGAGAAAGGUUUGUGUGACUUCUAGGAAUUGACAAUCCUGCAGGAGAACAAAGAAACGACAGCAGCGGCUGUGGUAUGUGGUAGGAUUUGGGUUUUUGUUGAACAAAAGAAGGUUUUCUUAUUAUGGAUUGACAGACGGGAGGGGAGCUCUUUCCCUCUGCAUGGGAAUUUCAGCAACUUCGAUGAUGCAGCACUUUGGUUCGGCUUGUCAGCACACUUUGGAGCUUGCCAAUUGACGGGAACCUAACGAGUUUAGCGCGUAGCUGUAUGUACGUACCUUUCUGACGGGGGGAAGGUG